CAAAGACUGCAUUCAACUUGGAAGUAAACAGUGACAACUUUCUCAAAAUGUUUCCUCAAAAUAUUUUGUCCUAUUGUUGGAUGGUCUUUAUCUUCGUGUUUUGUACAAUGUUUAUUUUAUAUCGUAUCCCAAAACUCCCAAACUUCUUGUGGAAUCUCAUUUCCUAUGGGAAAGUGAGGAAUGUUUCUGGACGCGGAAAACCUUCGAAGAAGCAGACAUGGCAGAGCAAACUUGACAAAGUUCUGGAUGUUCCCAAACGAUGGUUCAUUCAUUUCUACAUAGUUUCUGUGAUCUGCAAUUCUUUUUUGCUGUUAAACCUAAUAAGUGUUGUAUUCUACAAUGGUCAGAUGCCAGGCUGGUAUUUAGACGCGCUUCGAUUUCUCACCAAUUAUCCUCUGCAGAAUCCAAAAGCAUCUCAGCUAUCAAUCAUCAUAGUCAUUGCACUGCUUCUCAUCCAAGGUGUAAGACGCUUAUAUGAAUGUUUGGUAAUAAGUAGCUAUUCCAACUCCACCAUCCAUAUCAGCCAUUACAUACUUGGACUACUGUUUUAUGCUUUUGCUGGGAUCAAUGUAGUUGCUGAAGGACCAGAACUUACAGGAAAGGUUCAAAUGGACUCUGUACGUCAAUUAGCUGAGCAGUUAGAAUGGUUUCAUGUGGCAGGCAUUCUGAUGUUUCUCUGGGCAACAUACCACCACCAUGUUGCCCACAAGAUAUUUGCAGGACUGCGUACAGGACACAAAGACCGUAGUCAUAGGAUUCCACACGGCGAUUGGUUUGAGCUGGUCUCCUCUCCUCAUUACCUAGCAGAGAUUCUGAUUUACGCUUCUCUGAUAAUUGUGCUGGGAUUUCAACACUCUAUGAUCUACUUGGUGUUCUUCUUCACUCUGGCCAAUCAAGUGUUUGCAAGCAUCUCUGUUCAUGAAUGGUACUGCCAGAAAUUUGACAACUACCCAAAAGGUAGAAAAGCUAUAAUUCCAUGGCUCUUAUAAAUUAUCAAUUAUUUUUCCAUUUGACAAUCAGUUUCUGAAUGAAUGUGUGAUAAAAUUUAUACUUUUGAAAGGUGAUUUUUGCUACUGCUACCUAAGAUUUGUUGGCAAUUUGUAUGAUUAUCAUUGAUUUAAUACAAUUUAAGUUUCGGUUAGGUGCUGUACUAGUGUUCUAUUUUAAACUUCUGUUAUACAUUUAUUAUAUAUGAAUUGCACAUUCCCAAAUGAAAAUGAUAGCAGGCAUGAUCUUUAUCCAGUGAACAAAAAGUAUGAAGGGCUUACAUAGAUCUGUUUUUUUUAAUGAUCAUGGUCCUCCGAGGGCAAAACCAAAUCUAAAAUCAGAUAAAAGUAGUAUUGAAAGAAUAUCAUGCUUGCUGGUUAUGUAAAAAUAAAUUUGAAAUUCAUGAUCUUAACUGAAAUGAUUUUAACUUAAAUGGUACUGAAUUGAUUAUAGAUGCAGAAUGAUACUUGCAAAAUAAAACCCCAACUCAGGGAAACAAUUUUUCUAAACGACUUUAAAUUAUUGAGACUUCCCAAAAGGUACAAAGGAACACAACUAAACCAAAUUUUGAGAUCAUAUAAUGCAGAACUUUUAAUGAAAACUGUUUUUUUUUAUAAGGCUAGAGCAAUAUUAGUUCCUUCCUUGCAAUA